CUUAGGUUAAAUAGCUAAAAAAUAAAAACUUUCACCUUACAUUUUUUAACGUCUUCUCUAUUUAAAUACAAUUACUCCUACUAAAAGUCUAAAACCCUAAACCCUCUUUGCUUCCCUCUCCUUCCUUCAAUUCCAUUCCAAUCCACCCUUUUAGGGUUAUUCCACUUUCCUUCAAUUUCAAGCAUUUCUUCAAUCAUGAAUUCAAGCAUCAAUGUCAAAGCAGAGUCCGUUCACACCACAAUGUUCACUUCAACAAAACGAUUGUCUCAAGUUUCCUGCAACUCAAAUAUUUGCUGUAAAAAUAAAAUACCCAAUUCGUUUUUUGCCCCAAAAAGCCUUUCUUUAUCUCCAUUUACUCUUAAAAACCUGGAAUUGAAAAGGGUUUGUGAAAAUAGGCAGGUUCUUGCAUUGGCAAGUAGUGGGAAUGAGAGUGAUGGCUUCACUUACAAGGAUGCGGGGGUCGAUAUUGAUGCUGGGUCUGAGCUUGUUAAAAGAAUUGCUAAGAUGGCACCUGGAAUUGGUGGCUUUGGAGGAUUGUAUCCUUUUGGAGAUUCAUAUCUUGUUGCUGGUACUGAUGGUGUUGGUACCAAGUUGAAACUUGCAUUUGAAACUGGAAUACAUGAAACUAUUGGAAUUGAUUUGGUUGCAAUGAGUGUUAAUGACAUCGUUACUUCCGGAGCAAAACCCUUGUUUUUCCUAGAUUAUUUUGCUACAAGCCGCCUUGAUGUUGACCUUGCUGAGAGGGUAAUCAGAGGAAUUGUUGAUGGUUGCCAACAAUCUGAUUGUGUUCUUUUGGGUGGAGAGACUGCAGAGAUGCCUGGUUUUUAUGCGGAUGGUGAAUAUGAUCUUAGUGGAUUUGCUGUGGGAAGUGUGAAAAAGGACUUGGUCAUUGAUGGGAAGAAUAUUGAAGCUGGAGACGUACUCAUUGGUCUUCCGUCUAGCGGAGUCCAUUCGAAUGGUUUUUCUCUAGUGAGGAGGGUUUUGGCACAUAGCAAUUGCUCUCUGACGGACAAAAUUCCUGGCGAGACAAUUACCAUGGGUGAAGCCUUGAUGGCACCGACAGUCAUAUAUGUUAAGCAGGUGCUUGAUUUGAUCAGCAAGGGAGGAGUAAAGGGGAUAGCCCACAUAACUGGUGGUGGGUUCACCGAUAAUAUACCAAGAAUUUUCCCAAAGGGUCUUGGCGCUGUCAUUAAUAUAGAUUCUUGGCCCGUUCUCCCCGUGUUUAAAUGGCUCCAAGAGGUGGGAAGAAUAAAUGACAGUGAGAUGAGGCGGACGUUUAACAUGGGAAUCGGGAUGGUGGUCGUUUUAAGUCCUGAAGCAGCCAAAAGCAUAGUUGGUAAUGCAAAUGGAGCAAGUCCAGUAUAUCGCAUCGGUGAGGUGGUGAGCGGUGAAGGGGUCAGCUAUCGAUGAGAGAUGUGGAUUGUUUCACAUUAAGACCUCGAUGUAUCUUUAAAAUUGUUAAUAAUAUGCUAAAACUGAUGCAGCGCUUCUUUGCUGUGGUCUGAAGAUCUAUAGACUAGGAAAACAAAAUGUUAAA